AUGACUUGCUUCAACGCCACUUCCAAGGGUUCCUCAAACGAAUUUCGAAUUGCCUUAUUUGGUCCACAAGUGACGAACUGGACACACAAAAGUCUUUCGAGUUUGCAGUCUGCCCUUCUGGAAGACCACAAGCUUGGGUUCCUCAAGCAGACUCUCACAGCAUUACCCUCACUAUGGUCCAUGCUCAAGAAGGACUAUGGCCUUCAUGGCUUUUCAGGCGCCGAGAAGCUGCAAGAACUCCGGGAUUUCGCAAUGGGAGCCAAAGACCUAGACCCUGAGGAUUUGACGAACACUCAGUUAUCGUCGCUCACGGUCGUGUCACAAGUCGUCAAUUUCAUUCGAUUGACCGACGUCUCAGGCACAAAAGACGGUAUUCUGGGCUUUGAGGCAGCUCAAGGGUUUUGUGUUGGAUUUCUCUCGGCUGCAGCGCUUGCUUCCGCCAACGACUGGACUGAUUUUGAAUGCAAUUUUUCCAACGCUGUUCGACUCGCUGCGUGUAUCGGCAUCAUCGUUGAUGCAGAAAGGGCAUCGCGUCCUGCUCAAGAGAGAGCUACGGCCGUCCAUGUUCGCUGGAAAACGGCGGAAGACAGAGCUUUCUUGGAAAUCUGCCUGGAUCUUUUCCCCGGGGCCUACGUAUCCUGCAUAACAGAUGACAGGAGUAUCACGAUCACAUUACCCAGUGGCAGUCAAGCGGCGUUCUGUCUGCGGAUGCGCGAGGCCAAGAUAGCCGCCACCACAAUUGGCCUAAAUGGAUGCUAUCAUCAUUCAAGAAAUGCCGAAGCCGCUGAGAGGCUUCGUCAAAUUUGCGCUAAGAACAGGGAACUUAGGCUGCCUGAUGCAGAAAAGCUGCGCUUGCCCCUGAGAUCUACUGCAGAUGCUCAUAUCAUCAAUACUGGCGCCCUUCAUGAAAUCGCCAUCCAGAUGAUCCUCUGCAAACGAGCCCACUGGUUCCAAACCGUCAAGUCGACGAUGAACGACCUUCCCCAGGGCAAAGUCACAUUUGUGCCUUUGGGCAGCGGACUCUGCGUACCUCAUUCGCUCUCCACCAAGGACAAUCACGCGAACUUUGCUUCGGAUCACGACGACACGACCUCGCUUGAAGAGAUCGCCGUCGUAGGAAUGGCCUGCCGGUUCCCCCGAGCCGAAAAUCUUGAGGAAUUUUGGCAACUUCUGUGGGCAGGAGAAACUGCAAUCGGCAAAGUACCCCCUGAGCGCUUUAACCCGGCCGAACUCAGCCGUGAGCCUAAGCUGGCCAACUUUUGGGGCAACUUCAUUGAUAGCCCUGAUGCUUUUGACCAUAGGUUCUUCGGUAUCUCGGGCCGCGAAGCAAAAUCCAUGGAUCCGCAGCAGCGGCUUGCGUUGCAGGUUGCGUACGAGGCGCUGGAGUCGUCGGGAUACUGCAGCACGCCGCCUACUUCGAUUGAAGCAGAUGUGGGCUGCUAUCUUGGCGUAGGGUCUGUUGACUAUGAGGAAAAUAUUGCCUCUCAUGACGCCAACGCAUUCGCAGCUACGGGCACUUUACGGGCUUUCAUUAGUGGUCGUAUCAGCCACUUCUUCGGAUGGAGCGGGCCAUCUUUAACUUUUGACACAGCUUGUUCUUCAUCUGCGGUUGCUAUACAUACAGCAUGCAAGGCACUUCUCGGCGGAGAAUGCUCCAUGGCGCUCGCCGGAGGAGUCAACGUCAUCACAAGCCCUACUCUGCACCAAAAUCUCUCGGCUGCGUCUUUCCUCAACCCUCACGGGUCAUCGCGAGCCUUCGAUGCCGAGGCCAAUGGCUAUUGUCGUGGUGAAGGCGCCGGCAUUCUCGUCCUCAAGACUCUUUCAAGGGCGAUAGCCGAUGGGAAUACAGUUCUUGGAGUCAUUGCUGCCUCGGCAGUCAAUCAAGGCUCCAACCACACUAACAUCACCGCUCCGGACUCACAAUCCCAGAGUUCCUUGUACAAACGCGUACUUUCUGCCGCACGGAUAGAAGCCAAGGAAGUCACUUACGUUGAAGCACAUGGCACUGGAACUCCCGUUGGAGACCCUAUAGAGUAUGAGAGUGUCCGUCUGGCGCUUGCAGGUCCUUGGCGCGAUGAUGAGGUGUUCUUGGGCUCCGUCAAGGAUAACAUUGGUCACACCGAAGCUGCUUCUGGCGUUGCUGGCAUCGUUAAAACACUCUUGAUGAUGCAGUACAAAACAAUUCCAAAGCAGGCCAACUUCGUAUCCCUGAAUCCACGCAUCAAGGCUUCUGCAUCGGGAGAGAUAAUAGUGCCCAAGGUUACCCAGUCGUGGACCGCUCAGCGCCAUGUUGCGCUGGUGAAUAAUUACGGAGCUGCGGGAAGCAACGUGGCGCUUGUACUUCGAGCGCACUCAAACCCCCUCUCGAGCUCAGCACCAGAAACAACCCUAGGGACUCAAGAUUGCCCGUCUUCCUCCUCUGUCGUCAGCCCGAUUCUUCUCUCCGCCAGGACCGUAAAUGGCCUCCAAUCGUACAUGGAUAAGCUGAAGUCGUAUCUGCCCAAGGUCGAGACUUCGCUUGGAAGUGUGGCGUACAAGAUAGCUCGAAGUCAUAAUUCGUCGUUCGAGCACCGGAUUGCAUUCAUCGCAGCUGAUGUGAAGAGUGCCAUAUCUGUCCUUAACAGCUCAAGCGCGACGACGGAUGGAAUUGCGAUACGGACGGCCAAGAAUCCUGUCGUGUUGUGCUUUGGCGGCCAGACAAGCUGCAACGUUAGCGUCUCGAUAGAGCUAUAUGAGCGCUGCGAUCUUUUCAGGACCCGUUUGGAUGAAUGCAACGCUGUUUGCCAGACUCUCGGCCUCCCCAGCAUCUUCCCCAGUGUUUUCCUGGGCGAUGCCAUCGGAGAUAUCGUUUCUCUUCAUUGCAUGCUUCUGUCUUUACAAGUCUCUUGCGCCAAGUGCUGGAUUGAUUGCGGACUGGAGGUGGACACGGUGGUUGGUCACAGCUUUGGACAACUCGCGGCGCUAUGUGUUGCCGAUUCCAUUUCUCUCAAAGAUGCAUUUCUCUUUGUCUCGGGUCGGGCUCGCCUUAUCCGAGAUAGUUGGGGUCUAGAGCGUGGCGCUAUGCUGUCAGUCGAGUGCGACAAAGGGGAACUCGAAGCCGUGGUACGUCUGGUGAAUUCGACGAGCGGUCUUCACGUCGAUGUUGCAUGCUACAACGGUCCUCGCAGCUUUGUUCUUGCCGGUGACGGGCCAUCCGUAGAGAGGGCCGAGAAGGAAUGCCGGUCCUUCAAGAAAACCAGGCUUCGAAACAGCCAUGCAUACCAUUCUUACCUCGCAGAUGACAUUUUGGAUCAUCUAGCAGAAGUGGCUAAACUGAUCAGGAUACGACCGCCUCGCAUCCGCAUCGAGACCUGCUCUGCCCAAGGAACCUGGUCGCGAUUCACUGCAGAAAAGUUGGUGCAGCAUACCCGGGAACCAGUCUACUUUGCCGAUGCGGUUGAACGGAUCGCCUCCCGCUUACCUUCUGCUAUUUGGCUCGAAGCAGGAUCAUCGUCUCCCAUCAUUGCCAUGACGCGUCGUAUAAUAGCUUUGAAGUCCGGCAGGUCAGACGUCUUCAUACCCAUGGAGCUGGGAAGAGCGGAUGCCACGACAAACCUUGCCAAAGCCACAUGCCAAUUGUGGACGGCCGGGUCAGCUGCGCAACACUGGCUCUUCCAUCAUUCUUCACGACAUUGCUACAGGAAUCUCAACCUUCCACCCUACCAAUUCGACAAGACGAGCCAUUGGAUCCAGUACAAGCCCAGGUCUGGGCCUAGGACCAAGGAAGCCCCUAGUCUUGUGACCUGGUUGAACAAUGAUGGCGCUACUGCCGGAGAGCAUCUUUUCGCGGUGGAUACUUCCAAUGCUCUCUUCGAGCUCGCUGCACGGGGACACGCUGUCACGGGCCAGAGCCUCUGUCCGGCAUCCAUGUAUAUCGAGUUGGCGGCUAGAUGCGUCAUGGCGAUGCAACGCACCGACACUACGCAUGCAACCGGAACACUGCCACAUAUUGAGGGCUUGACCAUGUCAGCGCCACUGGGGCUAGGAGCCGGGAUUGCCGUAUUCCUACGUCUCCAUAAGACUGCGCCAGAAGUUUGGGAUUUUGCCGUCUUUAGCCGGCCAUCAUCUUCUCAUGGCCCAGGGCACGUGGGAGACAGAGAAACUGAGCAUGCGAAAGGAUGCAUAAGCUCGGUUGCCGCCGGCGAGGCAGUGGUAGAGAGGCUGCUGAAGUUGCUGCAAAGAUCAAGCACCUAUCGCCUUCGGAAUUUGCCCUCAGCCACUGGAGUAAGUGGCACAAUGGUGUACAAACUCUUCUCAGACGUCGUUGAGUACGCAAGCUACUAUCGGGGAGUUCAAAGCGUGUCUGCUUCAGGAAACGAGGCGGUUGGCCUUAUCACAAUUCCAACGGACCGGCCCUCUUGCAUGGAUGCAAGUAUCUGCGACAUCAUUUCUGUUGACAACUUCCUCCAAGUUGCAGGCAUCCAUGUCAACUGUUUGUCCCAGCGGGACGACGACCAAGUCUUUAUGUGCACCGCAGUGGAGGAAAUCAUAUUUUCUGCUUCCUUCAUGACAAGCAGAGGCGCUUCUCGUGCAUGGACUGUUUACACCCGUUACGAGCCAAUUUCCAAGGUCGACGUGACCAACGACAUAUUUGUUUGCGAUUCAAGCUCCGGAAUUUUGGUGCUGGCCAUCAUGGGCGCGAAAUUCAGGAGCAUCCCGCUCAAGUCGGUGGCGAGAAGCCUCACCAGACUGAAUAAAGCCCCCACCACCACUAAUGUAGUAGUAAGUUUACACUCAGACAAUAGCGACGAUCUGCACGACUCGGCAUACCAAACAGGAUUUUCUUCUCCGUCGGGCGAUGGCCUCCAGAAAGAGCUUUCCAAACAUACCUCUGAUUCCCCAGUGCGACAGGUUACCGCGGAAGCGUUCCCUUCUCAAAUAGUUGCGAUCCAUCAGCAGCAACUGGAACAGCCAACCAAAUCUAGCAGCCUAGUUCAAUCGGUAUGCAGCAUGUUCAGCGCCAUACUGGAGAUACCCGUCGAGGAGAUCGAGCCCACGGCAAGUUUGGAUGACCUCGGCGUCGACUCACUGCUGGUUACCGAAGUCCUCGCAGAAGUCGAAACCCGUUUCUACGUUGGUCUCGCACAAGCACAACUCAUGACUUGCACUGAUGUACGCUCGGUCGCCCGACUAAUCCAAGGUGUCGACUCUACACAGAAGCACCGAGAGCCCAUUGACGAGCUUGUGGAAGAGCAGGAACCCGGAGACAAUCUUGCCAAUGGCUACCCCUUAGGCCCUGUACACGAAGAGAGCCAGCAGACUUAUAACCACCAUGAGAGCCGCCAGGAGCAGGAGGAAUAUGCGAAUCUGGCUGUCGUGAGCUGCGAUUGCUUCGUCGAUGCCAAAGCUUCGUACGACCACCACGCCGAAAUUACGGGCUUUACGGGCUUCUGCGCCGAGGUUUUCCCCUUACAGUCUAAGCUCGUCGUGCAGUACGUCGUAGAGGCCUUGGCUUCAUUAGGCUGUAUACUGCAGGCACUAAAGCCUGGCGAUGAAGUGCCUAAAUUCCAGUUCGAACCUAGACACGAGAAGCUCGUUCCCCAGCUGUACAAGAUGCUGGAAGAUGCUGGUCUUGUGACCAAAGGGGCGGACGGAAUAUGCCGCCGCACCAAGGAGCCAGUUCCCACGGUUUCUACAUCCGCGCUGCUCGAUGAACUCCUAUAUAAAUUUCCAAAGCACGCUUCUGAGACGAAACUCCUCCAUACAACAGCUCACAGACUGGCGGAUUGCCUCUCGGGGCUGGCCGAUCCCCUGGCUUUGCUGUUUCGUGACUCGACAGCACGCACACUGCUGGAAGAUGUCUACACGAACGCACCUAUGUUCAAGACGGGGACCCUGGUCCUUGCUCAGUACCUAUCGACGGUUCUGGAGCGCGUCGGGACCAGUCGCGAGCUUAAGAUUCUUGAGCUCGGCGCCGGCACUGGAGGGACAUCAAAACACGUUAUCGAGACGCUGGCCGGGCUCGGCCCCAAGUACAAAUUCUCGUACACGUUCACCGACCUGUCUUCCUCGCUUGUCGCGACUGCCCGCCGCAAGUUUUCCAAAUGGCCGUUUAUGCACUACACGGUGCUCGACAUUGAGAAAGACCCGGGCCCGCAGUUCGUGGGCGUCUACGACAUUAUUAUUUCGACCAACUGCAUCCACGCAACGAAGAGCCUCAUGCAGUCAUGCGCCAACAUCCGCAAGUUGCUGCGCGCAGACGGGAUCCUGUGUCUGGUGGAGCUGACACGGAACCUGUACUGGUUCGAUCUUGUGUUCGGUCUCCUUGAAGGCUGGUGGCUGUUCGAUGACGGCCGCGAGCACGCCCUAGCGGACGAGCAGCGAUGGAAGCAGUCUCUGCAUGCUUCUGGGUUUGAGUGGGUAGAUUGGUCCAAUAGUCUGUCAGCAGAAUCCAACAUCCUGCGCGUCAUCACGGCUUCUCCAUACGAAUUGGCUCCAUACGAUAUGGAUUCUAGGCUCGUUCUGGGCAAUAACAAUGAGGCGGAUGGCAGCAGCGACCACAAUACACUCAAGGACACCUUGACUUUCAAAAAGGUAGAUGGUCUACAUCUUCUAGCAGACAUAUACUACCCUCCAGAGGUAGUCGAGCUCGAGAAAAUGCUUCCUGUAGCUCUCAUGAUUCACGGCGGUGGCCACAUCAUGCUUUCGAGGAACGAUAUCCGGCCGGAACAAACAAGCAAGCUCUUGCGAAGCGGCUUUCUUCCAAUCAGCAUCGACUACAGGCUCUGUCCUGAAACGACGCUCAUUGAGGGACCCAUGGCAGACGUUGCCGACGCAUUUUUGUGGAUCCGCACUGUUCUCCCGAAGCUGACACUCUCACGGCGUGACAUCCGUGUUGACCCAGACAAGGUCGUGGCUGUGGGCUGGUCUACAGGGGGCCACUUGGCCAUGACGCUGGCCUGGACCUCUGCAGCACGGCAGAUCCGACCCCCGGAGGCCAUUCUGGCCUUCUACUGCCCCACAGACUACGAGGACCCUUUCUGGAUCGCACCCAACGUCCCUGCCGGCGCUCAGACUACAGACACCGACAUGACCACAUCUGACUCUUACGACUUGGAUGGCCAGAUAUUGGAGGGUCUGUUCGAUUCUCCCAUCACGAGCUACAGCAUCCCGUCCAAGAAACGCGCACUGGGCGGCUGGCUAGCACCCAGCGAUGCACGUAGUCGGCUAGCACUGCACAUGAACAUGCACGGGCGCACACUGCACGUCCUGCUCGGCGGCCUACUCACGCUCGACAAGAAGAGCUGGAAGAUUUCGGACGAGCCGCCAACGCCCGAACGUAUUGCGGCUGCCAGUCCACUGGCGCAGAUCCGCGCAGGCAAUUACGCUGCGCCGACAUUCCUUAUCCACCCCCGCAAUGACGAUCUGAUCCCGUGGCAGCAGGCCGAGCGCACCUGGCAGAGGCUGCGGGACAUAGGAACGAUCGAUGCGGAGCUAAGAAUUGUUGAGAACGUGCCGCAUUUGUUUGAUAUAUAUCCCGAGCAUCACGACAAUGACGCGGCCGCGAAAGCGAUAAGGGAAGGAUACCAAUUUUUGUGUAGAUAUGUUGGUUUGACGUGGCGUGAAUAA